AUGAAUAAAGAGUGCAACAAUAACUUUAUUUCAUUGUUUGAUGAGCCCAACAAACCGUUAUGGUAAAAAUCAAAACCUGAUUUUAAAAUAUAUCAAGUCUCAAGUGUAUUAACAAUGAAAAAAACAAAUUCUUAAUCAAUAAAAAAAGGAAAGUUUUUCAUCUCUAAUGAAUAUUUAGUAGAGGUUGACACUACAUAUAAAAGACAUAUUGAUCUCAAUAAUAUUAUUUUAGAAUAAACGAACUAACCAUAUACUUUUAGAUUAAGCAGAAAUAAAAAAUAAAUUGAAUUUACUACUAAUGAAUAAGAAUACUAAUUAUGGUUUCAAUUGAUCAAGAAAUAUGCUAUUUAAAGAUCUUUUAAUGAAGAUUAUAAAUUAUUAAAAAUUUAGGGUUAAGGAAAUUUUGCUAAAGUAAUCGAUUUUUUUUUCAAUUCUUAGGUCUACAAGGCAAUCGGUAGAGACAAUUUUGCAUAUGCUGUGAAGUCAUUUGAGAAGAAAAGUUUCAAAAAUCUAACUCUUGAAAGGGUAAUAUAUUUAGUUUCUAAUUAUAUUAGGAUGCUUUAAAAUUAGAGAUAAGCAUUAUGAGAAAAAUAUAAUUCCCAGGGAUCAUCAGAUUAUAUGAAGUUUAUGAAACUGAACAUCAUAUUUGGUUAGUAACUGAUUAUUUAGAAGGAGGAGAAUUAUUUCAGUAUCUUCGAAAUUAACCCUAAGGGUUUAAUGAAAUUCAAGUAGCAUUGUUAAUGCAUAACCUACUUAACUCAUUAGAUUAUUUACAUUCUUAAGGCAUUAUUCAUAGAGAUAUAAAAGUAUAAUAUUAUAAUAUAAAAAAAUAAGCCAGAAAAUUUAAUCCUUCGUUCUCCACUUAAUGCAUCUGAAGUAUAUAUUGCAGAUUUUGGAUUGGCUGAUUAUUACAAUCCAGAAGGCAAAUAUUUAUUUAAAAGAUGUGGAACUCCAGGUUAUGUAGCACCAGAAAUAUUAUAAGAGAAAAAUUAUGAUUACAAAGUCGAUGUGUUCAGUGCAGGAAUUUUAAUGUUUAUUAUGUAAGUGAAGAUUUACAAAUAUAAGGUUGAGUGGACAAUCUCCAUUUCAAACUAAAUCAAAAAAUGAACUUGUUAUCAAAAAUUAUAAUUGUGAAAUAGAUUACACAAUCAAUAAUUUAUAAUAAAAGAUUAGUCCUGAAGGUAAAAUUUAAAUUAACUUUAGCUUUAUAGCUUUUAAUGAUUAUGUUAUCUCCAAAUCCACAAUCUAGAUAUACUGCCAAAUAAGCACUUUGUCAUCCUUGGUUUAUAAAGUGCUUUACUCCUGUAUACUAAAUGAACCCUCCUUAAUUAUAUAUGCCUACAAAUAUGAUUCCAUAAUUUUAACAUUACUCUGACAUAUUUGCUAGAAGUCCAAUUAUGAAUUAAUUGUUAAAUCAAUCUAUUUCAAAUCUUUCUUUAUCAGGAUCAUCAAGUAUUAUUAUUAUUAUAAAACUUAAAUUAGAUGUAACACCUUAAAGAACUUAAUCAAAUUCAUUACAAGUAUAAAAUCCAUGUAAAAUUGCAAUUGAAGAAGAUCAUUAAGAUUUCGAAGUUAUUUAGGAAGAAAUUUGUUAGAUUCAUGAAAUCAAUAAAUAUUCAAUCAAUAAUCAACGAAAACAAACGCCAGCUUAAUAAAAUAAAUUCACUUAAUGA